AUGUCCAAGUCCCCUUGGGCUGGCAUGUAUCCCCCAGUGGCUGCAGACCCAAGGAACAUGCACAGGAUCAUUGCAAAAGAUCCAGAGUGGUCCCUUGCAGUAAUGCCCGUUUUAUCCAACCUCUGCCUGCAACACAUAGUAAGAAACUUUGAAGGUAUGUUUUGUUCUACAUAUUGUAUGUAAUUUAUUCAGUCAAUUGUCAGUCAAUUAAUCAAUUCAGUUGUUUAUUUGAUCACAGAAUACAACCUCUUUAUGCCUUUGUCACAGAGAAGCCCAUCCUCCCCAGCCACAAAGACUACGUCCUGGAGAGGCUCUCUUCCUCCCUGCCCCUGCAGGUGGCACGCCAACCUGAUCAGCGACGACGGCUACUGCAAACAGCACUGGGGCCUGUGCGACCUCUCCUCAUAGUCGAGGCACCUGGAGAACAUCAUCGAGCUCUUCAUCCUCGAUGUGACCGACCCUAAGAUGAUGCUGGGCAUGGUGCCUCUGUGCCGGAACUACGUGAAGAGGCUGGAUGUCUCACAGCUGCUGCCGCCCAUUAAGGAGCUCCAGAAGUCUGAAGAGGACGACAGCCCGGACUCAGCCAGCGACAUGGGCAUGGACGGGCCAUCCAUGGACCACUUUGACUUUGGCAUCCUGCUGGACAAGCUGAGCCACCUGGAGGAGCUGCAUGUGGUCUACCGGGUCAAGGGCUGUUGCACAAAGUUUGAGAGGAAUCUCUGAGUUCAUCUAUCGCGUCUGCGAGUCGCUGGCCAAGGUCUGUUUGAAACAACUGUUAUUAUGCCACAGCACAGGGAUUCAUUGCUUCUUGGCUACAUGGCAUAAUAUACCACAACAUCACAUAUUUGUAAUUUGUUGUAGCAGAGGAAAUAAUUAAAUUUGAUUCCAGCUUGUUGUUUUAUUUCAUAUAUUUUUUAACAUCUGGGCAGGUUAAGCUAAAGCUAUACAUUAUUGCCACAUAAACCUAUCUGCCAAGUCUCCCUGCUCUUGAGACUGAUUUUAAACCCAUAAUCUCCCCUAUCGUUGCAGGUGCACCAAAGCAAAGUGGACGACGAGAAGUGUCGUCAGCUGGUGAACAACCUCCUGGACCACCCGUCCCUCAGGUAGCUCAACCUCCCCCACAAACUCAUUGGGGACCGGGGUGCCCGGGCAAGCUGCUCAACAGGUGAGAUUUUGUUGGGUUGCCUACCUCACCUGCACAUGUGUACCCUUUUAUCACGUUUUCUCUUGUCAUUAUUGUAUAUUCAUUAUGUGUAAAUGAAACUAAACUGGAGCAAGCUGGAGAGCCUCACUGCCAACGACAACAACAUUCGGGGGCCGGGGCCCAGGCUAUAGCCUAUGCCCUGGCCAAGAACUCCAGCCUGCCCCUCAACCUGAGUCAGAACCGGCUGGGGGACGAGGGGGGCCAGUACCAA